AUGGAGCAACAACAGCAACAACAUCCUAGAUAUCAACUUGGAGUACAGCUGCCACAAGGUCAGCACCAACACCAGCAACACCAGCAACAACAACAACAACAACAAAUGAUGCAUCAGAGUGUUCCACAGCAACAGUCUCCACAGAUGACGAUGGGCAGUCCUUAUUUGGCACCGAUGCCUAUGAUGUCACCGCCAUCCACAUCACAAUUGAUCAGACAGAAGAUCCUGAGCAAGAGUCAAGGUCCAUCCGCAGUGAUGGCACCUGGCCACGUCAUGCCAGGCUACUUCCACACACCGCCAAUGUCUCCAGCACACUCGCCAGUCUACUCCCUGUCCACACCAACCUCAUCGGGCACUCCACAAUCACCCCCAUUCACAUACCAAAUGGAUCCAUCAUCCUUCCGUGCUCAAGACUCUCCAAUGAUCAACUACGUCCCAAUUCCAUUUGCUUCGCCAGAUAUGUACGCAGGAUAUCCACAAGGAUACUAUUACCAACCACAUCCUUAUGCAGUCCAACAAGGUGGAUGGGUGGGAGGAUAUGAUGGCGUGGGCAUACCAUCGACACCAAUAUAUAGAGAUUUGCUGGAGGGCUCACCAUUCAGUCUUUCAGACCUCAAGUUAAAGCCAGCCAACUUCCCUGCCUCCAAGUUGAUCAUUGGCAAGUGGGAGGUAUCCGCCACUUUGCCCACCGAGAUCACCGUCAAGUUCUACUUCACCAAGAAGCAGAUCGUCUGGGAACUAUUCCGAGGUACACUCAAGAGCAAGAUAGUCAUCUGCUUCACAGACAUCACUGCCAUGGUUGUCGAGAGUUUGAAUGAUGAGUCAGUGACUAUGACAGUGGAGAUAUCAAAGCCACCAAAGUUCUACAAGGAGAUCAAUCCACAGCCAAAGAAGAAUACUAUGUGGGGACCAAGCGCAGACUUUACAAGGGACUGCCAGGGCUCGACUUAUAGACGCCACACACUACACAUAAAGAGGAGCGCAUUGGUCAAGAACCUGGAGAAGCUGCGCCAGUCCGACCAGAAGCUGAGGAACCUGCUCAUGUCCAACAGAUUCACCACCAACGAUAUAUUUCUGCCAGGCGAGAAUCCCGAUGCGCCAGACUAUGUCUACGCAUCCAAGGAGCAGACCGAGUCCCAGACCACCGGCCACCACGCUGCCACUGCCGGCGACAAGGAGUCUGCUGAGGGCGGCCACAACAUGACCAAGGAGGAGAUGAUGAUGGCCAGGGAGAACGCUGAUUUCAAGUCACCAAGCUCGCCAGCGGAGCACAACGACUCUUCGCCAGAGUCCAACCCAUCGUCCGAGUACAUCGAGGACUGCACGACCACAACUACAACCACCACAAUGACCACGACCACCAAGCAAUCGUCUCCAUCAGCCGCCACAACUACAUUAUAUCAUCACACAACACCCUACCAGAGUCUGUUCAAUAUGAAUGGCGACUACCAGUAUACUCCAUCAUCAUCAUCGACCGUGGCGAUUGCCGUGCCAGCCGCACCCGUUAAGGUGGUGGACACCAGUUCCUGCGCCGCGGCCAACGCAUACCUUGGCAACCAGAGUGCCAGCGGAUCGCCACCCGGUGUUGGCGUGCCACACAACAACAUGAUCACGACGUCCACCAUCACAACGACUACCACUACCACCUCGGUGGGCCUGCCCGACCUCAAGGGUGAGGGUGGUUUGAUUGGCGACUGCUAUGCCGAGCCGAUUGGCAAUGUCCCCACACCCGUGGUCACCAUGGAGUCAGUCCCUCCACCUGGCAGCCAACUCAUGUCACAGCCAUUAUACUACAUUCCUCAACAGCAACAGCAACCUCAGCAGCAGCAACAUCAACAGCAGCAACUCUUUAACAACACAAUUUUCCAACAACAACAAACUCCUCUUCCUCUUCAGAGCCAGAUGAUCUCAUCAUCUUGCAACAACAUCAACAUCAACACAUCGAUCAAUGCACCGACACACCUUUCACCAAUGGACAUGCAACAGAUGUCCGCAUCCACAUCAUCCUAUUUCCAACAACCAAACAUCCAACAUCUUCAACAACAACAUAAUACAUUAUAUCCACCUCAACAACAUCAACAACAUCAACAACAACAACAACAACAACAACAGUAUUCGUCACCUCAAGAUCUUUCACCAAACAUUAACAUUACAUCAUCACCAUCUUCAUCAUCAUCGAGCAAACCAACAUCACCUAGUCUAAGACAUCAUCCAUAUUCUCCCAGUCAAAUGACCAAUAGUCAACGACAUCCCAACCUCCAAUAG